UCUGGCCCAUCUCGGGGGGCGGGCGGGGGAGGCGAAGCGCGCGAGCAGGGCGCGGGGCACGAUGUCCGACGCGGGCGGCGGAAAGAAGCCGCCUGUGGAGCCGCAGGCUGGGCCAGGCCCGGGGCCGGGGCGCGCACCUGGGGAAAGGGGCCUGCCGGGCUCCUUCCCACUGGUCCUGAAGAAACUGAUGGAGAACCCCCCGCGCGAGGCGCGCCUCGAUAAGGAAAAGGGGAAGGAAAAGCUGGAGGAGGAUGAGGCAGCAGCUGCCAGCACCAUGGCCGUCUCAGCCUCCCUCAUGCCACCCAUCUGGGACAAGACCAUCCCAUACGACGGCGAGUCUUUCCACCUGGAGUACAUGGACCUGGACGAGUUCCUGCUAGAGAACGGCAUCCCUGCCAGCCCCACCCACCUGGCCCAGAACCUGCUGCUUCCUGUGGCUGAGCUAGAAGGAAAGGAGUCUGCCAGCUCUUCCACAGCGUCCCCACCAUCCUCCUCCACUGCCAUCUUUCAGCCCUCUGAAACCGUGUCCAGCACAGAAUCUUCCCUGGAAAAGGAGAGGGAGACUCCCAGUCCCAUUGACCCCAACUGUGUGGAGGUGGAUGUGAACUUCAAUCCUGACCCUGCCGACCUGGUUCUCUCCAGUGUGCCAGGUGGGGAGCUCUUCAAUCCUCGGAAGCACAAGUUUGCGGAGGAGGACCUGAAGCCCCAGCCCAUGAUCAAAAAGGCCAAGAAGGUCUUUGUCCCUGAUGAGCAGAAGGAUGAAAAGUACUGGACAAGACGCAAGAAGAACAAUGUGGCGGCUAAACGGUCGCGGGACGCCCGGCGCCUGAAAGAAAAUCAGAUCACCAUCCGGGCGGCCUUCCUGGAGAAGGAGAACACAGCCCUGCGGACGGAGGUGGCCGAGCUACGCAAGGAGGUGGGCAAGUGCAAGACCAUUGUGUCCAAGUACGAGACCAAGUACGGGCCCUUGUAACCUGUGCCCACCGCCCGGGCGGGGCACUGCUUGCACCUCAGACCUCUGCCUGGGGGCUCCCUGAAACCCCUCACACACGUGGAGACUUAUGACUCGUCAUGGGUGCGUGGCAGCGCACCUGUUGCAGGAGCGUUCGUGUCUCAGCUUCAUUAUAACACGGGCGGCGCACGUGGCGACUUCCGGGGGGGGGCCAGCCUCCUCACUGGUGGGGAGCGUGAGAGAAUCUACAUAGAUGGUGAAUCGGCCUUAGUUUCUAUUGUUGGAUGUCCCGGUUGAAUCAGAAGGGGACCUCUGGAGUACAAAUCCUCCUUUCACAGGGCACUCAGGCUUCUCUUGACUCUCCCUGUCUCCAGCCUGGGCUGCCAAGGGCUGUCUCUGCAGAAGGAGUCGUAAUUGUUGUCACCCUUAUGUCUUCUCAGGUAGCAGGACGCAUUUCCACUUGGGGUGUGUCUGUCACGCACCUCAUCCUCCCCAGAAAGUCUUUGAGAGAAACAUCAGUUCCCAUCUUCCUUGGAGUUAGAAGAACAAACCAGCUUCUCCUUUAGUGUCUGCAUGGGUGGCAGGCCACAGGAGCAGGGUCUUUGCACAGCCUGGGCUGGGGUUUGAGUCUGGAGCCUGCAGCAGGAGUUCACCCAACCGUUCUUAGCCGCUGAACCACUAUUCCCCUGUGGCUCUGAGGACUGGAAGCCAGGGAGGAGGCCCUGGUGAUGGGCCCUCUGUUUC